AUGGGUCUACUCGGCUCCUUUCUCUUCAUAUACUGCCUCGGGGGACUCACCUUCUUCCCCCUGCUCCUGUUGCUGUUUCUUCUUUACUCCUAUCUAAUCCUUCCGCCGCCUCCACCGCCGCCGUCCCCCGAGCAUGCGAGCGAAUCAGUUCGUGCCGCUAUUCGUCGCUCCAACGAUGAUCAGUACAGCCUCAAAUCCGGCACCGAUGAGCUAGCGGAGAAAUUCCACCGCACCCAUGAAACAGAUGUCGCUGCCGGCUAUUUUGCUGUCUGCCGGGAGUAUGUCCCUGGUGGGGUUAAUGGGAAACCCCCAGAGAGGACAACCCCUGCAGGCGAGGUAAUCGCCGCGGAGAGUCCAAGCGUUUACCAAACGAUGUAUAGGAGUCUUUUCGAUCGCAAGCAAACCCCGACAAUUGAACCGGUGAAAAAUACCGCCAAGAAUGGGAAACGCGGUCGAAAUGUGUUUUACAUUGUUCUUCGACAUGGUCAUCUGAUGCUCUAUGAUGAUGUAAAUCAGGUAGAGGUGCGAUAUGUCAUCUCCCUGGCUCAUCAUGAUGUCAGUAUAUACGGUGGGGAAGAAGGCGAGAUUCUCGAGGGGGAAUUAUGGCUGAAACGAAAUGCCAUCAGUCUUUCGCGGCGCCUGGAUUCUCUAGGUGAUCUUGGUGGCCCGACUCCGCCCUUCUUUUUGUUCUCGGAAAAUCUGUCUGAAAAAGAGGACUUUUAUUUCGCUAUGCUGCAGAACCAAGCGAAGCUGGGGAAUCCUCCAGAUGCUCCACCCAAGCAACAGGGAUUUGAUGUCAAGCAUAUUGUCACGCUCGUCCAGCGUUUACAUUCCUCUGAGGAGCAACUGCAGACCCGAUGGAUCAAUGCUGUCCUCGGACGAUUAUUCCUUGCCUUGUAUAGAACCCCUGAGAUGGAGGAAUUUGUGCGGAAGAAGAUUGUCAAGAAAAUCUCUCGUGUCAAUAAGCCAAACUUUAUCAGUAAACUCGGUCUUCAACGCAUUGACAUGGGUAAUGGCGCCCCUUUCAUCAUCAAUCCUAGACUCAAGGAUCUUACUGUUGACGGAAACUGUUGCGUUGAGACGGACGUUCAAUACACCGGUAACUUUCGUGUCGAGAUAUCCGCAACUGUUCGUAUUGAUCUUGGGCAACGAUUCAAGGCUAGAGAGGUGGAUAUUGUGCUAGCAGUGGUGUUAAAGAAACUUGAGGGCCACAUGCUGAUACGGUUCAAGCCCCCUCCAAGCAAUCGAGCUUGGAUUUCUUUCGAGAGCAUGCCCAACAUGGUCAUGGAUAUCGAGCCUAUUGUCAGCUCCAAGCAGAUAACAUACGGCAUCAUUCUACGUACCAUUGAGAGCAAAAUCCGUGAGAUGGUAGCAGAGAGCAUUGUCCAGCCUUUUUGGGACGAUGUCCCCUUCCUGGAUACUUUGUCGCAACGGUUCCGCGGAGGUAUUUGGGAGCGAGAUAUUUCGAAACCCGAAUCACCGGUUGAUAUCCCCGACGAAUCUGAGAGCCGUCCUCAAGGGCCAGAAGGUGAGAGGGACGAGUCAAUCAGUGUAUUGAAGACGAAGGAUGACCGCACAAUGAGUGCGCCUGCUCUUGCAGAGUCUCUGCCUAUCCCUGUCAAAUCCCGCAAAGGGUCCAAACGUUCCUCCGUGGAUUUGGACAAGGGUACUUCGACGGGGUUGUCAACAUCACCGGGAAAGAUGGGGACUUCACCUCCACGAGCUAUUCGUUCCCAAACAUUUUCCCACGCUGCAGAUCCCGUGGUGACUGCUGACCAUGGAAAAAUGGACCGAGCUCUGUCUGACUAUAAGCGCGAGGAUCAGAGCCACGCUACUAGCGCUAUGAUCGAAAUAUCAAAUCGCUCACUCCCUGCUUCACCGAAUAAAACGCCCAAUAGCUCACCUCCAACGGAUGGCCCAGGCAUAAUGGAGACGGCCUUUGUAAGUCGGGAGCCUUCCAUUUCGGAGUCAAUAGGAAGCGGCAAGGCCUCGCCAACGCGCCCGUCCUCUGCCCACACGAGUGACUCAUCACUAAAUAAGAGAAGCACAGUUGGUAGUUUGAGCUCGUCUUUCGGUAGCAAUAAAGCCCGACGACGUUCUACGCUCGAAACCCUCACACGCUCGAUUAAUUCUUCCACGCCCGCGGAGCAUAAGCCCCAGGCCUCCCUUUCUCUUAGCAGCGCGACGUCGAUGGCAAAGAAAUGGGGAUGGAAUGUGUUUGGAAAAGGGGAUUCCAACACUCAGGGACCGUCACGCCCGGCAGGGACACCGGAAGAACCGAUCGGUCGUGGACAUCCAUUCCCCCCUCCUGGAACUCCACUGCCAACACCCGCCAAAGUCAACAGGAAGAAGAACUCCGUUUCACUUCCGAAACGAAAGCCAGUUCCGCCACCUCCUUUUACGGAGAAUGAAGUGCUGAAGGAAAACCAAACAAAACCUCACUCGAAAUCUCCCCUUCCGAGACGAAAGCCAGUGCUGGGUUUAGCGAACGGCGCGAGUCAAUCUGACGAGGUACUUGUUGUACAGGCACCACCUUACGACUCUGCUCCUAAUAGCCCCGUCGACUUCGCACCGAACCCGGCUGUUGAGCCUCGAGCGCAAAGCCACUCGUCGUUGACAUGGUUGACACGCGGCGAUACCGAAGCCAGGAGUUCAUUGAAUAUUGAAAGCAAGCGUGACGAUGCUUCAGACCAGCACUCUACACCUCGAUGCCGUGAUAUCGAAGCGACUGGGCUCAGGAUCCUCUCUUCUGCGAAUGAACCAGUGGCCCGAGAAGAAGUGCAGCCAUAA